AUGCAGGGUCGUUUAUCUGCUUGGCUAGUCAAGCACGCGAUAAUUCAUAGAUCUUUGGGCUUUGAUUAUCAAGGAAUAGAGACUUUACAAAUAAAGCCCGAGGAUUGGCAUUCUAUUGCCGUCAUUUUAUACGUAUAUGGUUACAAUUAUCUACGCUCCCAAUGUGCCUAUGAUGUAGCACCUGGUGGACUGUUAGCUAGUGUGUAUCAUCUUACCAGAAUAGAGUAUGGUGUGGAUCAACCAGAAGAGGUAUGCAUAAAAGUAUUUGCCUCGAGGAGGAAUCCUAGAAUUCCGUCCGUUUUCUGGGUUUGGAAAAGCGUGGAUUUUCAAGAACGAGAAUCCUAUGAUAUGUUGGGAAUCUCUUAUGAUAAUCAUCCGCGCUUGAAACGUAUUUUAAUGCCUGAAAGUUGGAUAGGAUGGCCCUUGCGUAAGGAUUAUAUUUCCCCCAAUUUUUAUGAAAUACAAGAUGCUCAUUGA